AUGAAAAAAACAAUUCCGAAAGAGAAAAAUGACGUCUCGAAAAGCACACAAAAAAGAAAAAUUUUUGAAGCUGAGAAAAAAUGGGAAAAAAAUGUUGAACUGUUGAAAAUACAUAUCGAGUUUUGGGUGCUCAAAGCGUCAGAUUUGACUUUUUUUUGGUGGUUAGCAAUUAAGUUGAAGAUUAAGGGAACUUUAGAAGUUAAAUACUGGAUUAAUAGACAUUAA